GGGGGCGAGCGGCGCUGGCUCAGUGUGUCGGCGCGCGCCGCCGCCGCCAUGGGCAACCAACACUCCGCCUCACACGCCUCCCACAGACCUAGGAAGAACGUGCAUUGGAAGUCCGCAGUGCGACCUGCACCACCCGGCAAACCACAUAUAACGCCAAUUCUAACCGAUGACGAACCGAACGCGAUCACGUUGCGAUGGGCGGCGCCCGCGCACGACGGCGGCGCGCCACUGCAGGGCUACCAGGUGGAAUGCAACAGGCUGGGUGCGCCUGACUGGAUCCGCACCGCGCCUCCGGUGGUAGCCCGCCCCGAACUGGUGCUCACCGGGCUCGGACCCCCGCAUCGGUACCAAUUCCGUGUCGCUGCGCUGAACAUAGUCGGUCGGUCGGACUACAGCGAAAUAUCUGACAUACUAACUGUAAGCUCCGAGCGAGGCCUACAGGAAGCGCCCGUAUUCCAUCAGCACUUAGAAGACGUAACGGUUCUAGAAAACGAAAAAACCGAGUUCCGCGUUGUCUUCACCGGCACACCCGCUCCGACGAUUGGUUGGUUUAAAGACGACUACGAAAUUUUCAGUAGUAGAAGAACUGCGAUAACCACGAACGAAUCCUCCAGCGUCCUAAUAUUUCAUCAGACCCUAGCCAGUGAUGAAGGUGAGAUCAAAUGCACUGCAACGAACCGUAUCGGCCAUGCAGUGUCGAAAGCUCGGCUAGUGCUGGAGGCUGCGCCUAAGUUACGUUACCCGCGCCAAUAUGAGGAUGGCCUCUUGUACGAAAUUAAUGAAACGGUGUUUCUUAAAACCACAAUCGUGGGUAAGCCGACUCCGAGUGUGGAAUGGCGUCAUGAUGGCCAACCAAUCGAGGUCGAUGACCGCGUCGAAAUCACAACUACUCCAAAAUUUUCUUUGCUGAAGAUACAUUCUGCGCGUAGAAGCGAUAGAGGGGAAUAUCAAGUACACGCUCGUAAUAAUAUAGGGGAGGAUACGGCCUCGUUUCUAGUUACCAUCACCGCACCGCCGGACCCACCUCGUCGCGUCACCGUCACGCGGCAGGUCGACAAGUCGGUCACACUGGACUGGGAGCCCCCCGAGGACGAUGGUGGAUGUCGAAUAGGUAACUACGUAGUGGAGUACUACCGCAAUGGAUGGAACGUGUGGUUAAAGGCGACAACGAGUCGUAAAACAAAUGUCACGCUCUUCGAUUUAAUAGAAGGAAGCGAGUACCGAUUUCGUGUGAAAGCAGAAAGCCCGUACGGUAUGAGUUUACCAAGUGUAGAAUCGCCCCCGGUCCGUAUUCCGGGUCGGGCGGUGGAUAUGGAAUUCCUUGCCGUGGAAUCGCGCAUUAUCAAUCAGGUGUUAACUCGAGAGGAAGGUGAGGAGCCACCAGUGUCGCCGGUGCCACGUCGUAAACGCGUCAACGCCGCUUCACCCACUGUCAACGACACGGUUCCGCCUCGGAAACAGAAGCAGACUUCUCCUAGAACGCAACCUGAAGGAAGCAACGAGUUUAUGCUAGUAUUGUAUCCUGAAAGUAACAAAUCAGCCGAAAAAGCAGAAAAGAGAAAAUCGUUUCAACUCGACUUGGAAGACGCACUUUCGCCACCGCCCCUUUCGCUUUCUGCUCCCGAGUUAAGUACACGAAAUAUCUUGCCAUUUAAAGCACUACGCAAUGCAGUUAGCUCAACCGAACUUUUGCACGAGAGAGCAAUGGCACGCUUCUACAAGGCUAUAGCUAUGAAGGAAGAGCAAACGAAGCAACAAGACGAAAUAUCCCACAAACACGACAGCAUAGACAACGACAUUCCUUACAAACCAGAUUCAAAACAACAAGAGACUUCGGAUAUUACAAUUACAUCCAAAUCACCAGUGCUACCAAUCACAGGAACGUUUAAGACACCAGAAAUUUUUAUUAAAACGGAUUCUAUUGAAAAUAAACAAUACAAAUACACUCCAGAACUAGUUCCCCAGGAUUCAGAAACAUCAGAAAAUAAAUGGCAACAAAUGUCAUUUGACGAAGAUUAUACAGCUAGCACUGUCUCCACGGAUGGAGAGUAUUCAGAUGAGGAUAGCCUCAGUGAAGAGAUAGAUAGGCUGCAAUAUAAUGUAGAAGAGGAAACAUAUAACCCAAGAAAUAAAAUUACCCGACCUUCACCAGUUAAAGAAGUAUCUGAAGAAAAGGAAUUAGAAAAUAAUCAGGAAAAUGAACUGGAAGAAGAAAGACCUAAGUUGUCACCUCUUCCUGAUCCUAAUUUUAUUCCAAAGCCUAUACUUAAAAGAAGAGAAGCUGAUAAUUUAAAUAAUUUGCAAGUUAAUAAGUCUGACCGUGGUGAAAAUCAAAUUGACAAUAAUAGAAAAAAAGAAAAAAUAACACUAUUAAAGAGAAUAACAAAAAUACCAGUACAAAAGCCCUUCAAUUUACCUAAAAUAAUGAACAAGAAAGAAAAAGAGAAAACUGAGAAAUCCAAUAUUCAAAACAAUUACAGUAAAGUUGAAGAUAAUAUAGAAAAUAUUGAUGACAAAGUUGUUGAAGAAAGCAAAACUGUUAUAGACUAUUAUGGUAACAUUGUAAAAGAAUACGGUAGUCAUAAAAAGUCAACAACGCCUCUUUAUCUUAGUACGGAUGACCUGAAAACUGUAGCAGAAAAACAACAGUUAGUCAGUAACGAAGAAGAAGAAAAACAUAGUCCCAGUGCUCAUGAACAGAAAAACAUGAAAUCUGAGAGCAGACAGAAACCUCUGUCAAAGGAAUCUCUUGAGAGCAAACCUAGAAGUAAAGUUGCACCUAUAAUAGCAAAGACUAAAAAAACUAUGAAUAAAAGCCCCACCACACAACCUGAAUCUAUUCGGAAAGUGAUACCAAAGGUAGAAAAAAAUAUUCCAGCUAAAGAACAGGAAAAAUCUAAUUUAAAACCUCCAAUUAAACCUAGUCAAGAUACACAAAUAGUUUUAAAGAAAACUGAAAGAGCUACAAUAAUUAUACCAAUAGAUUAUCAAAAACUUGAAGAGAGAGCUAAAAGAAAUGUUAGAACAGCUAUAGAUUACACAGUCGAUGUAUGUUUAUUGUUGUUAGCUUUUUGGGUUUAUCUUUUCAGGGAUGAAAGGCUAGCAAUACCAAUUCUUAUUUUAAUUAUAUACAGACAGCUGCAAGAAACAUUUCUCCUCGAUAUUCCUGAAUGGUUAAGAACACACGCUCCUGAGUGGCUCAAGAAAAAAACUUCUUGACCUUUCCAAAAGACAUGUGUUA